CAACUGCCGGCUCGCCGAGACUUUCCGGGAGAGCGCGGGCUCCCAGGAGCAGGACCUGGAUUCUGAGAAGUAUUAGCAGAGACAAGUACAUAUACAGUAGAAAAGAUCCUGGAGUCCACCUCUUAACGACUGGAUGAUAAGUAAUGAUCACCCUUGAGAAGAUAAACUUCAUAAGCUACUUUCUCAAGUGUUUAUUUUUUCUUCUGUUUCUGUCAUUUAGUGUUUCCAAUGCUGUGAAUAAUUUUAGCACACUUGCUUUGUGACAUGAAAAAUUACUAACUAUGGCUCACUAUUCCAAAGUAGACCUUGAUGAAGAGUUUGAACGGUUUAUGAAAGAGCUUUCAGAUGAUUCUUUUGAAAAUUCAAAUAAAACACCUAGACAACUUAAUGAAGACAACAAAAAAAUGAAGACGAAAGACUCAGUGCCUUGGUGGAGAGCUGAAGAUGGUUUUGAAGAUGAUGGUCUGCUUGGAACAAAUGUGAGCUAUUUGAAGACAAAGAAGACAUAUCAACCUAUUAUGGACACAGAAGAAGAAUCUGCUGAAAAAGUUCAAUUUCUUAAGAGCAGUGGAACCUCCAUCUUAAGUGUUGACAGCUUAGAAGCUAAUGAAUUGAUUGUUUCUGAGCUCCAUCAUGGCACUCUUGGUUUGGGCUUGGACACGCUAGAAGAACAAGAAGAGAAAGAGCAGUUCUUUGCCAGGCUUGAGAAAGGCUUGACGUCUUCUAUUGAUUAUUCGAAAUUAAAUCAAGAACUGGAUUCUGACGACUCCGCACAAUUCAAAGCUUUACAUAGAUAUCCAGGUAAUGCAGAGCCAGCUGAAGAUGGAUGUGAAAAUGAAUCAGAUCACGAGGAACUGCCAGAAACAUACAGUGAUGAUUUUGAAGAUGCUGAGGAUACUGAUGAACCUUUGAUUACUAAAGAUGAAGAAAUCCAUCCCAAAGAGAACUCUGAGUCAGGAAAAGACAGCUCUCCCAAACAGGAGGAAGAGAAAACUGGCAUGCUGGCUAAUGUUGUGCUGCUUGAUUCCUUUGACUCUGUUGAGGAUGUCGGCCUUAGCAGUCAAGAGAAAGCAACCCCUGAAUCCAAGGCCUCCCCAGAAAUAACAGAUGGCGGACCAGCAGAAACAGGUGUCCCUUGUGGACAAAGCAGUGGUGACACUGAAGCCCUGCACCAAGCUUACUGUCAUGUAGCUCAUUCUCUGGGAGACACAGGCGAACCAAGAAUUGAGGCUAGCACUGUGCAAACUGUCAAGAGCUCCAUAAAAGAUGGUCUUCAAGAAAAUGAAGAGUCUUCAAAGAAUAUCUCUACCACCGAGUCCGAUCUGCCCACAGUAGAGGAGCUGAUGCAGCCUAUCAGGAUAGACUCCUGUGGGAUCAGGGGCUUGCCCACAGCAGCGGAGCUGAUGCAGCCUAUCAGGAUAGACUCCUGUGGGAUCAGGGGCUUUGACCUGCAGCCUAUCGGCCUUAAAAAAGCAGCAGACAGUAAAGAAGCUGAAUCUGUAGGCUCUUUACCCCUGAAGAUGAACACAAACACUGUGUCUCAAGACACUAGGCAUAUGAUCCAAUUUCCCCACAAACAUGAUGAGAGUGCAUUUCUGCAGAGGACAGCAGAUGAGGGCAUGGGCAGCAGCUGUCCAGCUACAGAAGAGCAUUUGGACAAAAUGUACCUAGAGAUUUUGAAGAAGAAAACAUCUGUUAACUCCUCACUGUUACCUCAGGAUGACAAAACGAACCAGACUUCCAGGUCCCGGCUCGGGGCUGGGGAAGAGGUGCCUGUCAUUGGUAAGCAGGUUCCAUGUAAGAAGGCCAGAAGUGCACCACCUCCUUUGUCUAAGAGAAAGCCACAGAGUGGAUCGUACGCAUCAGCUCGGAGCUCAGGAUACGGCAAGCCCAGUUCACCACUCCAGUUAUUUUCAGCCCUUGAAAAGAAAACUUCAAAGGAUAAUACAAAAACUAAAAGUGUGAGAUCCAUUCCCACCUCAAAUCAAUUUAGAAAAAAAGAAAUACUAUCUGGAACAAAACUCAUCAAGCCUGCAGCUUUGAAUAAACCAUCCCCUCACCGUGAGGGUAGCCCAGCUAUACCUAAGAGGCCUGAAGACCCUUCAGAUGACUCCUGUGUUCAGUUACAGACUGAGCCUUUGGGAUCCUACAGUGGGAACAGAGACAAAGAGUUACUAAUAUUGAAAAGAGCUCAGGAUGCAGAGGAAAAAUGGACGGGUGCACAAGCACUGAUUGAGCAAAUGAAAAUGACCUUCUGUGAGAAGGAGAAAGAACUGGAGAAAACAGUGGAAAGCCUCAAGAGGCAACAGGAGAGAGAGCUCCUCAAACUGAACCAAGAGAACUACAUUCUCCAGGCCAAGUUAAGUAGCUUUGAAGAAACAAGCAGAAAACAGAGAUGGCUACAACUUGGAGAAACAUCUGACCCCCUCACUGGAGAGAAACUGAAACAAAUUCAAAAAGAGAUACAAGAACAAGAGACGCUUCUUCAAGGCUACCAACAGGAAAACGAAAGGUUGUAUAAUCAAGUAAAAGAUCUUCAGGAACAAAAUAAGAAAAAUGAAGAGCGAAUGUUUAAAGAAAAUCAGAAUUUAUUUAGUGAGUUGGCCUCUUUAAAAGAACAGAUGCACAAAAAUCGUUUUCUGUCUCAAGCAGUUGAAAAUACAGAACCCACAAAAAAACAGAAUUUUACAGAUCUUCUAGCAGAAUUACGGGCUGCACAGAAAGAAAAAAACCAUCUAAUGGAAGACAUCAAAAGACUGAAGCAAGACAAACAAGCUCUGGAAGUAGACUUGGAAAAAGUUAAGAGAGAGAGGGACCAAGCCAAAGAUCAAAUCGCCUAUGCCACAGGUGAAAAAUUAUAUGAAAUAAAGAUUUUAGAAGAAACACAUAAACAAGAAGUGAGUCGUCUACAAAAGCGGUUACAGUGGUACGCUGAAAAUCAGGAGCUUCUGGAUAAGGAUGCAGCUCGCCUCAGAGAGGCCAAUGAAGAGACUGAGAAGCUGAGAUUAGAGAUUGAAAAACUGAAAACUGAGUCUGGGAGCCCAGCUACUCAGCAGAGGCUACGCUCAAAGGAAAGAGCUCUUGAUGCCAAAAGAAUUCAGGAUCUGGAGCGGCAGGUUAAAGAAAUGGAAGGGAUUCUGAAGAGAAGGUAUCCCAACUCUUUGCCUGCUUUGAUACUGGCUGCCUCGGCAGCUGGUGAUUCAGUAGAUAAAAAUACAGUGGAGUUUAUGGAGAGAAGGAUAAAAAAGCUAGAAGCUGAUCUGGAGGGCAAAGAUGAAGAAGCCAAGAAAAGCCUUCGCACCAUGGAACAGCAGUUUCAGAAAAUGAAGAUUCAGUACGAACAGCGGCUGGAGGAGCAGGAACAGCUGCUUGCCCACAGGCAGAAGGAAGCUCCACAGAACCAGCAGAACAGCUCGUCCAGGCUGAAGGCCCUCGAGACAGAACUUGGGGACAUAAAGGAAGCCCAUCAGAUCACUGUAAGAAAGCUAGAAGCUGAAAUAGAUGUUCUCAAACAUCAAAACGCUGACUUAGAACACAAGAAGAAUGACAAAGAAGAUCAGGACCUCCAGUCCAUAGAGUUCCAGGUAGAGCAGGCGCAGGCGAGGGCAAAACUGGCGAGACUCAAUGAAGAACUGGCAGCAAAGGGGAGAGAGAUACAAGACCUUACAAAGACUGUGGAGAGGCUCCAGAAGGAGAGAAGGAUGAUGCUGUCCAGGCAGAUCCCCAGGAGCAGAGAGGAGACGGCUGCCAAGAGGCUGAAGACAGACAGUUUGCACCCAAAUAGAGGGCAUGGCAAUGCUUUCCCUGAAGCCCUCCAUGCUAAAAUGUAUCACCCACACACCUUUACUGACUCUCAUAUUUCAGAGGUCUUACAAGAAAACUACAGAUUGAGAAGUGAGCUGGAGGGCUUGAUUUUAGAGAGAAGUAAGCUGAAGAUGGAAUCUGAGGCAGCAGUAUGCCAACUUGAAAACGCCAUGAAAAGGGUCAAGGAUGACACUGCAGUACACAUCGCGUCCCUCAAAGCAUCUCAUGAGAGAGAAAUAGAGAAACUCCUUUGCCAAAAUGCAGUAGAAAACUCCUCUUCCAAAGUAGCUGAACUGAAUCGCAAAAUCGCAACUCAAGAGGUACUUCUAAAACAUUUCCAAGGUCAAGUUAAUGAGCUGCAGGGUAAACAGGAAUCCCUUGCAGUUUCUCAAGUUCGAGAAGAAAUCCUACAGAAACAGAUUACAAAACUCUUGGAAGAAUUGAAAGAAGCCAAAGAAAACCACACACCAGAGAUGAAGCAUUUCAUGGGCUUAGAAAGGAAGAUCAAGCAGAUGGAGAUGAGGCAUAGGCAGAGAGAGCAGGAGCUCCAGCAGAUAAUACAGCAAACACGCCAAGUAGUGGAAACCGAGCAAAACAAGGAAGUUGAGAAAUGGAAAAGACUUGCACAGUUAAAGAAUCGGGAGCUGGACACAUUCCGCACAGAGCUGGACUCCAUACUGGACGUUCUGCGGGAGCUGCACCGACAAGGGGUCGUGGUCCCCGUGACUCUCGCAGGCAAAGAGAGCACAGCAGAGUUUUAGUUGGAACUUGGAUCUGAGUGACCUCAUUGUAAGACAGAUGAAAACCUGCUGCUGUUGGGACAGCCACCACACAGCCAUGCGUGGCCACCACCAGAGUAACAUGUCAGAAUAAACUGCCAUGAGCCAACA